UUGGGCGGGGCCAAGCGACGCCUCUGAGGCGCCAAAGCAAGAUGGCGGCGGCGGCAGAAGCAGGGACGGGAGCGGAGUCCCGAGAGGUCCCAUUCUCGCUGCUGGCGGUGUUCGGCCCCGGAGGCGCCCGGGCCGGGCUACGGAAGGCGACGCUGGAGGCCCUCAGAGCAGGCAUCCGCUCCUGGGACAUCGACCUGGCGGCCUGCAACCUGGACCAGCAGCUCAAGCUCUUUGUCUCCCGCCACUCGGCCACUUUCUCGGACAUCGUCAAAGGUCAGCGGGCCCUUCAUCACCGUGGAGACGUACUGGAGGCCCUGGUGCUGUUGAACCCUGCGGACACAUCCGUUUGUGAUGAGCUCCGCAACCUGGUCACAGACCGUUCGCGAAACAAGCUGGUGGUCUUUGCUGGACCCUUUGUGGAGGAGACCGGGGAGCUGGUCCUGCAGAGGGGCUCCUUCUCCCUCCAGGACUUCCUCCAGGUCCUGGCUGACAAGGAGGUGGGGGAGCUGCUGGGCUCAGCGUCCGCCCGGCCACGCCUGACGGUGGUCUGUCCGGAGUGGUGGGACCCUGGCCAGAGCCUCCUGGAGCUGGAGGGGCAUCUGGAGCUUCGCUUCAACCCGGGCCUGGUGCUGCCGGCGGGAAUGGAGGGCCUGGGGGAGUUCCUGGAGUACCUCUCGGAGUCGCUGGAGCCGCCCUCACCCUUCGACCUGCUGGAGCCGCCCGGGGCAGUGGGCUUCCUGCGCCUGGCGCGGCCCUGCUGCUACGUCUUCCCCGGCGGGCGUGGCGAUGCAGCCUUCUUUGCUGUUAACGGCUUCAACGUGCUGGUGGAUGGUGGCUCCGACCCCCGCUCCUCCUUCUGGAAGCUGGUGCGGCACCUGGACCGCGUGGAUGCCCUGCUGGUCACCCACCUGGGCACCGACAACCUCCCUGGGGUUAACAGCCUCCUGCAGCGGAAACUGUCCGAGAUGGAGGCAGUGGCAGAGCAGGAGGGCCUCCCUUGCGAAGUGGGCGGUGAAUGUGCCCGGAACCUUAUCUCGCCGGAACUGGGGGUGGUCUUCCUCAAUGCCGCGGAGAAGCUGCGGGGCCUCAAGGAGGAUGAGCCGAUUUUGGGAACAGCGCUGCUGCGGAGCUGUGACGAGGCCCGCCUCACCCUGCACUGCCUUGACCGCCUCGGCGUCCGGCCGCUGCCCCUCUCCAGGGGUCCCGGCCCGAAAGUGGAGCCUACCGUCCUUUUUGAGAAGAUGGGUGUGGGCCGGCUGGAUAUGUUUGUGCUGCACCCAAUCAAGGGCAGCAAAGAGUUGGACUUCCUGCGGAAAGAGUGGGCCGGCGGCCCCCUGCCCAAGGGCCUGGAGGCACUUCCCUUGCCCUGCCUGACCUCCGUCUGUGUCCUGCUAGUCUGGCACCCGGCCAGCCCCUCUGAGAAGCUGGUGCGGGUCCUCUUUCCUGGCUGCACCCCACAGAGCCGUGUCCUGGAGGGGCUGGAGAAGGUCCGGCACCUGGACUUCCUGCGGCACCCGUUGGUCACUCAGGGCGACCUGGACAAUCAGGGAUGGAGGAGGCCAGGUGGCGGCAGCCAGGAGAGCCUGCGCUCAGGGUCCAGCCUUUCCAGCCCCAAGGAAAAGAAGGAGCUCCCCAAGGAGGAGGAGAAGGAGAAAGAGAAAGUGGAGCCCCUCAAGGAGGAGACAAAAGAGGAGGAGCUUCCACAGGACGCCCAUCCAAAGGAGAAGCCCAAGGAGAAGCAGCCGGUGGUCAAGAAGGAGGCCAAGAAACCAACUUCCAAAGAAGAAGGCACCCUGGAAAAGGAGGCUCAGAAGAAGGAGGUGAAGCUCCCCAAGAAGCCAGAAGGGAAGCCAGAAGGGAAGCCAGAAGCCCUUCGGAAAGACGCCCCCAAGAAGGAGAACGGGAAGCCAGAAGCCCUUCGGAAAGACGCCCCCAAGAAGGAGAACGGGAAGCCAGAACUCCUUCGGAAAGACGCCCCCAAGAAGGAGGACGGGAAGCCAGAAGCCCUUCGGAAAGACGCCCCCAAGAAGGAGAACGGGAAGGUAGAAGCCCUUCGGAAAGAGGCCCCCAAGAAGGAGAACGGGAAGGUAGAAGCCCUCCGGAGAGAGGCCCCCAAGAAAGAGGACAGGAAGGGAGAAUCCCUCCGGAGAGAAGCCCCCAAGAAGGAGGAGCCCAGGAAGGAGGCCAAGCCGCCCGCCAAGGAGAAGCGGGUCUCCUCCGGCGCCAAGUUGGGGGGCACUAGCCUCAAGAAGGCCGCAGCCCCUUCCCCAAAGAAAGAGGCAGAGAGGCUGAAGGGCAAGGCGCCCCCCAAAAGAGCCCCUGCGGAGGGCUCUGAGGCCUCUCCUGAGAACCCACCUGAGGAGGCCAGUGGUCUGUCCACCGACGAGGGCAUGGUUGUCACUCCGGCCUUCAGUAGGCCAGAGCCCUCCCCCACUGAGCCCCUCCUCCAGGACACAGUUCCUGAAGCGGAAAGCCCUCAGGCCUUGCGGCAGCGCAGUACCAGCGGAGAGCCCCCGUCCCUGCUCCGGGACACCCUCAGCCCCCCUUCACCACUGCCCCAGACUCCCCAGAGCCUGGAUCGAAGUGGCCCGCUGGAGAUGGGGGAGGGGGAGGAGGGCGGCGGAGUGGGGGGCAGUUCUGAGGAGAAGACCCUGGAGAUGAUGUCCCCUGGGAGCCCCUCUGGUCCCUCCCCGCUGCCCUUCUCUCCAGCCGAGGAGCGUGUCAUCGUCGUCCUCAACGGCGGCCGCAAUGACAACUCUGCCUCCUCCCACUCUGACUCCUCCAACUCCUUCUCCUUCUUCCAGGAGAGGCCCUCAGGGGGGCUGUCCGGGGGCCGCCUCUCUCCGGGGGCUGCCUUCCACGAGAACAAUGAUGCCUCCCCAACCCUGACCACCCCAUCACUGCCGGCCGAGGUGGGCUCCCCGCACUCCACCGAGGUAGAUGAGUCCCUCUCCGUCUCCUUCGAGCAGGUCCUGCCCCCAGUCAGCGAGGAGGAGGCCGUUGUGGUGGCCAUAGGAGAGCCGGACCCCAAAGUCAAGGCCGGCCUGGCCCUGCCCCUACGCCCACCCCAUGACGUUGACCUCUGCCUGGUCUCCCCCUGUGAGUUUGAGCAUCCCAAGUCAGAACGCUCCAACAGCAGCGGGGGCUCCCAGGAGAUGACUGGCAGCAAGGCAUCCCGAGGCCGGCGUCCGACCGAGACCACGCCCACCUCCAUCAGCGAGUCGCUGCCCACCCUCUCGGAUUCUGACCUGCCCCUGGCUGCCGGGAUGGACUCUGAGGACGACGAGGAGGACGGCCUGGCCAGAGUGGCCCGCGACCCACUGCCUGCUGUCCUGAAGGACCCCCGCCCGCUGGCCGCCCCGCCAGGUCUCUGCAUGGCCGACCCCGAGAGGAACAAGGGCAGGGUGAAGUCAGCCCCAGCCAAAGGGAGGACCGCCUCUGCUGGCCCCACUGGCCGUGCGAAGCCGUCCUCCACUGGCCCAGGGGAGCGGACCAGGACUUCUACUGGCGGCGGCAGCAAGACACAAGCCCUCGGCGGGCGGGCGAGCGGGGACGGGAAGGCCUCCCUCCUCCAGGGGCAGCGGGGACCUGCCAACAGGGGAUCCCAAUCCGCCAGAAGAUCCUCUCUCUCAGGCUCGCGCUCAGUCCCGGCUACUGGCUCCCCAGUCUACCUGGAGCUGGCCUACCUGCCCGGGGCAGCCAGUGCACAGCGGGUGGACGAGGGCUUCUUCCGCAGCGUCCGCUCCCAGUGCUACAUCAUCAGCGGGCAGGAUCAGCUCAAGGAGGGGGCCAUGCGGGGCCUGCUGGACGCUCUCCUGGCCGGGAAGCAGCACUGGCCCCACGACACACAGGUGACCCUGAUCCCGACCUUUGACUCGGCGGCCAUGCACAAUUGGUACACGGAGACCCUGGAGCGGCAGCAAGCGCUAGGCGUCACUGUCCUGGGCAGCAACAGCACCGUGGCCAUGCAGGAUGAGACCUUCCCCGCCUGCAAAGUCGAAUUCUGAUUUGCCAGUUAUGGAUCGGCCCUGCUCCCUCCCUGGUUACGUUGUAUGCUCUGCCUCCAGAGCCAAGAACACAUGCUUUCCAGAAGAAGGCCCUUGGGCCCCUCCCUUGGUUUGGGGGGAGGGUGUUUUUCAUGAGGUUGGGAAACAGGGUACCCCUCACCACACACAUACAGACACACACAUCAAUGUUUUUUAGAAGGGGGCCUUGGUGACCAGGCCCCUCCAAGUUUUAAAGGAAUCUUCUUUCCACUGUUCCUUUCCCUUUCCUUUUCCCUUUCCCUUCCCUUUCCUUCUGUCCAUCUAUCCCAGGCAUUGGCCUCCCUCCAGGUGUUUUGGAUUUCAACACUUUCUAAAAGCCAGUAGGCUACUAGGAAUUGUGGGAGUUGAAGUCCAAAACGUCAGGAGGGAGGCCAAAGUUCGGCCAUGCCUGGUCUAUCCUUUUCUUUCUUUUCUUCCACCUUCCUUCCUUCGUUUUCCUUCAUUCCCUUUUUUGCCUUCUUUUCCCUUCAUCCUCCCUUCCCCACAUUUUCCUUCUUCCCUCCCUUUCCUUUUCUUCUUUUUAUCUUUUCCUUUGCCCCUUCAUUCUUUCCAUCCUCUUCUCUUCCUUUCCCUUAUUCACCUUUUCCUUCCUCCCCUCCCUCCCCUCCCCUCUUUUCCUUUUCCUCUUCUUUCUUCUUCCUUCCUUUUGCCUUCUUUUUCCUUCCCUCCCUUCUCCACCUUCCCCUCCCUUUCCUUCCUUCCUUUUAUUCUUCCUUUCCCUUCUCCACUUCUUCCUUCCCUUUCCUUUUUCAUCUUUUCCUUUUCCUUCCUUUUUUUUUAUAAUAAUUUUUAUUGAGAGUUUUUUAAAUACUAGUACAUCCUUCCUUUUGACUUCCUUUCCCUUCCUUCCUUUCCCUUCUUCCUUCCUUUUCCUUCCUUCUACCCUCCCCUCCCCUCUUUUCCUUUUCCUCUUCUUUCUUCUUCCUUCCUUUUGCCUUCUUUUUCCUUCCCUCCCUUCCCCACCUUCCCCUCCCUUUCCUUCCUUCCUUUUAUUCUUCCUUUCCCUUCUCCACUUCUUCCCUUCCCUUUUUUAAUCUUUUCCUUUUCCUUCCUUUUGACAUCCUUUCCCUUGCUUCCUUUCCCUUCUUCCUUCCUUUUCCUUCCUUCCCCCCUCCCCUCCCCUCUUUUCCUUUUCUUCUUUCUUCUUCCCUUCUUUUUCCUUCCCUCCCUUCUCCACCUUCCCUCCCUUUCCUUCCUUUUAUUCUUCCUUUCCCUUCUCCUCUUCUUCCUUCCCUUUCCUUUUUUAUCUUUUCCUUUUCCUUCCUUUUGACUUCCUUUCUUCCUUCCUUUCCCUUCUUCCUUCCUUUUCCUUCCUUCCCCCCUCCCCUCCCCUCUUUUCCUUUUCCUCUUCUUCUUCCUUCCUUUUGCCUUCUUUUUCCUUCCCUCCUUUCUCCACCUUCCCCUCCCUUUCCUUCCUUCCUUUUAUUCUUCCUUUCCCUUUUCCACUUCUUCCUCCCCUUUCCUUUUUUUAUCUUUUCCUUCCUUUUGACUUCCUUUCCCUUCUUUCCUUUCCCUUCUCCACCUUUCUCUCCCUUUCUUUUCCUUCCUUUUAUCCUUCCUUCUUUCCCUCCUCUUGUCUUCCUUUCCUUUUUCCACCUUUCCUUCCCUCUUCCCUUCCCUCCUCCUCCUCCAUUGCACCUUCUUUCCUCCCAUUCAGUUCUCUUUCAAGGCCAGCGAGAGCCCAAUGAAACCAAUGGAGGGCCCGCCCCUUUUAUUGACCCCCCCCCCUUCCACAAACUGCAACAGAGCAGUCCAUCCCUCCCUUUCUUCCCUUUCCUCCUUCUACCUCUUUCUUCUGUUGCAAGCUCCCUUUUGAAGGAAAGUCGGGGAGGGGGAGAUGCACCCACAGUCUCCCCGCAUUGUUUGCAAUGUGACACUAAAGCCUUUUUCUGUGUGUGUGUUGUUUUUCUCUUCAGUGUUGAUUUUUUGUAUAUGUAUAUACAUAUUUUUUUCUACAAACGGAAAAGGACAGGAAAAAAACAAGAACAGCUCCAAAUGAAUAUGGCAGGUCCUUACAUUCCAGGGCCGCCGCUGCCGCCUCCUCCUCCGCCUGUGUUUCCCCUCCUUGCAUUCGAUGGCUCCUGUUCAUGUUCUGUGCGUUUUAUAUAGAAUUAAAGCAUUGUUUACUUGUUUGUUUUCUUCUGGAGGAAUCUCUUCCGGAAGAAAACACAUCCCCACCCCCAGAUGUGUUGCCCACCUUCAGUGCUUAAUGGGCCUCUCUCUGUUCACUAUUCUGCACCAGUUGAAAUAAAACAUGUCAAAGAG